GCCACAUGUUCCAACCCCCAACCUGGAGGGCCAGGAGACUGUGUUCGUCAGACCUCUAACCAUUGACCAACCUGGUAUGAGAGACUGUGAGUGUCGCGGGACACUCUCCAGUAUAGCUCAAUGGAUCGCUGAGGUGCGCAAACCGUCACACCACGGUAAGGUCCAGUCUCUUCGUGACGGAGUAAGACGCCCAACGGGCCCUAAAAGGCCUCCGUUGCUCGGCCAUCUGCUACGCAUACCGAAACAGCGUCUACCGAGACGAUUGUUCUCUGUGCCUCCUUCAGAAUGGCAGGAACAGCAAGGUGGACAACAUAUGACUUGGCAGAAGGGUGUGAAAGAGAUGACGAAGAUUUUGGGUGUUGAUGUGGUACGCCCUCCGGAAUGGGGUCCACGUGACCCCUCCUGCAAUUGCCUGGAAACGUUACAAGAAAGAGCGGCUGAUCGAUCCCAUCUGAGUCACUUGUUUUGGAGUUCAUCGUUUUUGCAUCACAUCAGUUCUACCUCGUCCAGGAUGACAGUGGACCGCAACUUUUUAGAUCUCUUUUGGACUAUAUCUGGACAAGACAGAACCAAGAGAAAUGAAGCUAUAGAACAACUUUUAUGUUCGCUGACUGACAACAGCGGGAAGGCAAAGCCUGAGUAUGUUGAUUACACAAAGGAGCGGCUGGUAAAGGGCCUGAAAAGCUUCUCAGCAGAUGCCCGUGUUGGGUUUUCGCAAACACUAUGCUCCCUCCUUUGCAAGCAUCCCUCAUUUGUCACUAACUCACAAUUACUGGAGCUUUUUAACAAGCAUAUUUACUCAACGGCUGCAUCAUCUACCAAAGUUAGUCUCAUCGCGUAUCAACAACGCUACACUUUGCAGGAAGAAAAAUCCAUUAAAUAUGCCUACAUACUAUGUCCAAGGGUGCUUUGCGAAGCUGACCGAAUUACCCAGGUUUGUUCAGAGCUGUACCUCUCAUCAGGUCAUCUGCAGUUGAAACUGGAUCAAAUCAAACCUGUUGUUGACCGUUUUCUCUCACUGUCAUCAACUCCCAAGCUAAAAGCUGAAAUCCUGUCAGUGUCACAGCUCCUCGUUUCUAAGCUCCCGCCCAAGUUUGUCCAUAAGCUGUUCUCAGAUUUCGCACAGAAAGUUUGGCAGUUGUUCUCUCUUACGGAUUCUGAACUCCUGGGUGAUCAACUCUUAUUCCUCUUGCGGUUGCGCCGCCGUCUAAAGGUAACUAGCCAGGUUGCUGUAUAUUAUCGUUUCUCACCACAGGGGCUUGACGUUGGUGAGCUUCCAGCUUCAUUUGAUUUAUCAUCUAAAAUGUUUCGAAGGAAGCUGAUCAAAAGUUUUCAGAACUCCACAGGAGAUACAGUCCUGUCGCUGGUGGAUGAAACAGUCGAACAAACCGCACUGAAAAUUAUUUGGCCCAAAUUGUCUGGUUUACUUUGUGACGAGAAUGCCUCAGUACGUUGUCGCAAAACCCUAAUGCAGAUAGCUUCGCACAUCAUUUGCCAGCAUGGUGAUGAUUGGACACGGUACAUUCUGUCAGAACCGGUGAUACUGGUCCUAAUCCGACAAAUGUCAAAACCGACUUUAUCUUGUUUUGAAGACGCCUGUUCUCUAAUGAGGCAAUGCUUACAGACCGUUUGCGCGCCGUAUACCAAGAAGCGGGCUGUGGUGGUCCAACCAGCCGAACCAACGGAUGCUGAUGACGGACGAAGACCUACCUCUCCAUCAACGCUAUUUUCAUGCUUUGCAGAACUUCAUCCAACCUGUGAUCUGAUCUGUGCGCACAGUGCUCCAAAACCCCUUCAGUUUCUGAUGAAUUUCGCUCACCAAGCGAUUGGGAGUGAGGCCUUGGUUUCGUAUGCAAACAAACUGAUGCGACUGUUCAUCCAACCGAAGUCUUUCACCGUUGGUCAUCCUGACCUUGAUGCAAUCGACCAAAAUGUCUUACGAAGUUUCGCGGCGUUCCAGUUGCACCGAGUUCUCUGGUGUCUCCUUCGUCCACCGACCCCUUCGGUCUUAUUGGGUUCGGUUGAACAUUUUCUCACGUUUUUUGUGACAUUUGGCCUGACCAUUCACAAUUUGCCAAUACCCGCUGAGUACCAGUCUGAAACACCAAUCGGGCGCUCCGUUGCCAAUACUUGUUGGUUAUCUUUCUUCCGCCUGUUGACUCAGUUGGCUUCUCAUUCAGAGCCAGCUGUUCAGAAAUCGCAUGAUAAAGUCUCAGCACCACAUUCAUUACUCUCAGACUCACUGCUGCUUGUUACCAAGGCCACUACGGAGCUGUUGGAUGCGACGAUCGAUCAAUUGGAGACCUCUGUCCCCCGUUUGUCAAGCCACCUACAUCAGUCUGUUUCUCUGCUGAAGAAGGCAAGGUCGGAGGAUAAGCUCGGGCUCGCAAUGGCUAACUUGCAUGCCGUGACCUUACUUUAUUACCUCUCAAAUCCUUCAGGUUUGUCCUUUUUCGUGUUCACUUCUUCCCACUGGAUUUUAUUUUUAUCGUUUGUUUAUGGUGCUGUGAAUUAUGUGAUUACUUCCACGUGGCAGACUUCUUCACUCUUUCUUGUCUGGCUUUCAGAUGCCCUUAAUGUAUUGAUGGACGAUUUGGCUGAAUGCUUCAAACGUAGACGCAACUGCCACAAGGGACAUCCUGUGAAUGACAGUGGUCCAGCUUGGCCAUCAGUACUCACAGACGUUGUGUUGGGUCUCAUUUCCAACCCAUCAAUUAUGCUCCGUUCUUUUGCGCGCAACUUGUUUGACCAGUUGAUUGUGAACGGCGAUGCCAGUAAGGAGUGCGUCCGACUAAUCUGCGAUGUAUCCAAUACUCGCGUGGACCGUCGAAAUGUCAAAAAAGUGGAUGAUGAUGAUGAGGAUGAGGAAGCAGAGGGACUGAUCGCUUUUUCCGACGAAGAAUUGGAGACAGUGGAAGAGAAAGACGAUGCAGAUGAAGAAUUGGAUGCGGAAACAGGUCCGGACAGUGAAAUUUCAGAAGACAAAGAAGUCGAUGAAACGGAAAGUGAUCAGUCCGAACAGUCGAUUUCCGGAUCUGAGAGUGACGAUGACUUGGAGGAACAGAUCGAAAUGGACGAGGCCCAUCUUACUUCAUUCCGAGAACGAAUAAAGGCAGCCCUUGGCCCAGCUGCUCUGGCUGAGGAUGAAGUCGACUCAACUUCCUACCGCGAAUUCACGGAUGAAGAGAUGUUCGCACAGGAUGAGGCUCUGGCGGCUGCAUUCAGAGCCAACCGACUGAAUACUCCAAAACGUACCAUUGCCCAGCGUGCUCGCUCCCUCGGGCAGCUUAAAAUGCGCUGUUUGGAUCAAUUUGAGUGCAUCCUCCAACACUCUUCACAACCAGAAGUUUUCUGGCCCACGAUUACCCACAUGUUAAAUCUGGCCAAGGAAGCGUGUGUCGCCGAAAGGAAAGCGCAUCCUAAUGAAAAACAGCAACCAACCAGAAACUUGAAGAAGCUUCGUCAACGUCUUAGUGAUGUAGCCCGUAGCGGGGAUCUUCCAGGACUGCAAAGGGUACUUGAAAUUCUGAAACGUGUCACAUCACGUGGACUCAACUUGGAAAGUCAGCUGGUAAAAGCUACGUUGGCUUUGCCGAAUGUGGCGGAAACAUUGGCGACUGUGAUGACAACUAUCGUGGAAGCGAGCAAAGUCGGCUCGCCUCAGCCGUAUUAUUUGAAUGUCAUCACGGCGAUAGCGCAGUUUGUGUUCCACGUGGCUUCGGCAUGUUCUGAACCGGAAGGGCUGUUGAUUGUUGUAUCAGAACCACUUCUGAAAGAGUUUCACAUCUAUGUGACUUCUACACGAAAGUCGUCAAUCGCCGGUGGCUUUUUCCUGACACUUUUACACCAGUCACAGGUAUUCGCUACGCACGCAACACAUUUGAUGCUAGACGCGUUUUUCAAAUUUCUGGAAUCAGCAUCCUUAUCGAAUAAGACCCCCGAUGGCGCUGAAUUGUUUGCGCAUACAAACUGUUGCAACGCGCUUGGGAUGGUGUUUCAAGCGCUCGCGGAGAAGCGAUACGAUGAAUCGUACUUCUCCAAAGUACCUAAGCGUAUCUUCACUCGCUCCAUUCGAUUUUUGUCCGGCCUGAACUAUGAUUCUGUAGAAGACGUCAGGUGCUUCGUCUGGUUCUCCAAGUUGUCAGUUGCGACCGCUGUUUUCAAUCUUCUUACCUGGGCUACUAAGGUUGCACGAAAACAGGGCUUCGAAUUGGUCCUUGAACCGAAGCUCAUUCAAAACCUGCGAAAUUUGCCUUGCAAGAGCGCCAUUCGUAAACCUGCACGCAAAUUCGCCAACUUCUUCAGUCAAUCGGUUAAUGCUGAAGGACUUGGCAAAGAAGAAAGGCAAGCACUAAAGGCUCAGCGAAAACAGGCGCGGCGAGCCAAGCGGAAAGAAAAGGCAUUGCUACGACAAGAAAAACUGGUCGCUUUGAACAAGAACAAAGGGGGCGAACCUGUGAAGACAAAAAAUGGGAUGGGGAAACCGAAAGCACGAAAACCUUCGAAAACUGGUGAAUCGCACCACGUGUCCUCGCUAAAGCGGAAACAUACCUCUUACAAACGCAAGGACACUAAGAAGCAGAAACUCUCCUAACUUUGAGCUUGUUCCCAUAUUGUACAGAAAUACACAACGG